GACAGGGUUCUGAUGGAGGGUCAGUUGUGUUCGCAUCUACACCCCAGACGCAACCGGCACAGGUGGUGCCGCCGAUGGUGGCAGCGGUAGCGGCUCCCAGUCCAGCAGCGGUGCCUCGCAAGUCCGACUUCCCACCGACCACUGGGCUACCGCUGAGCAAUGGUCCGCUGGCCGGACUGGCCGGUAGUGCCGCUAGUAGCCCGGUACCGAUUCCACCCGGAGCCACCGCCGGUGCAGCAGGAGGAGGAGGAGGUCCUGCUCCACCGGCACCGUCCCCAGCGCCAGCAGCGCUUCCACCGCCCAGCCUGCCACCGCCUUACCCCACCACGACACCGAUGCAGGUAUCAAAUGGUCCGAUAGGAACUCACCUGCCAUCGAUUGGGGGCCAUCCUACUGGAGUGGCGUCGCCCCAAUCGCAGCAAGCCGUGGCAUCGCCUCAGCAACCACAGCCGCCCGCAUCACCGCAGACGGCUGGUCUGAGCAGUAAGCCGCUACUGCCAACGGCAUCCGCCAAGAUUCCAGCAACGGGCAGCGGCGUAGGCAAUGUUUUAAGUACAACAACAGCAACGACGACGGUAACGGGAGCACUAUCGGCAGCGACCGGGAAGCAAGGCUCUAAUCCACAGUCACCCCUGCAGCAGGCUAUGGGAGGAUCGGUUGCGUCACCUGCAAUGCAACAGCCGCCGACGCCUCUAUCUCAGCCACCGCCUUCGCCUCAGCAGCCGCCUCAACAGCACAAUAGCAACAGUAACAGCAGCAGCAGCAACAGUGGUAGUGUGAAGCCUUCAUCAGUUCCGAGUUUUAUCGGAGUUGGUUCCUCAUUUGCGCCCUCAACAACGGCAGUAGCUUCCCUACCGAAUGGACUGCCACUGACGGUGGGACCAACGAAUCUCUCGAACAGUUUGGGACCUACCAGUGGUGGCCAGCCGCUGCACAGCAAUAGCAGCAGUAACAGUGCAGCGCCAUCUUCACUGCCGCUAAAUGUACCGCACACACCACCCGCAGCUACCCCGGCAAGUGGUCAAAGCCCUGCAAUUCAUCCAUCUGUUGAAAGCUCCUUGGCAGCUCUGCGAACCCACAGUCCAGUAGUAGCGACCAGUGCUGCUCUCUCUGCGGCCGUUACGCCUACCGGUUUGCUAAAUGGAUCUCACAUGACUCACCCUGGAAUGCCGCACUCGGCGUCGAUGAUGAUGCAAAAUGGCAUGGGCAGUAUACCACCCCACUAUCGAACGGCGUACCCUGGCUAUCCUCCACUGUACUCCCCGUACGGAGCAUACGGAAACCCAUAUCUAUCACCAUCAGUGGCCCCACCAAACCUAUCACCCCGAAUGCAUCCCGUCGGUCCAUCCGGACUUGGCGGACUGCCACCAUCGAUGAUGGGUCUCGGCCUAAUGGACUCCCGGUUACAACCGCCAAUGUCAGGAGCCAACGGUAGUCCUUCGCAAUUACGUGAUCGAGAAGCGUCUCCAAUGGGUCAACCUCCAUCGAAAUCAAUGCGGCCUAUGACGCCGAACACCAACAGUAAUGGCAGCAAUAGUAACUCAUCAUCUACUCCUUCGGCAGCAAUGGGUGGUCCACAUAUACCCUCACCACACGGGAUGAACUCUGGCAUCCCACCUGGUGCGACACCUCCAUCGUCACACCAACCUCCUCCAUCUCAGCUGACACACCCCGGAGUGCAGCAAUCUGGUGGUGUCUCCUCUCAUCUUUUACCUCCUCAUCAUCCCGCGGCAGCAUCACAACAACCACCACCGCUCUCUCAUCAGCAACCUCCACCGCAUUUAGUGGGACCUUCCUCGCAUCAUCCACUGGCAGGACCACACCCAUCUGUGCUGCCCCCUGCAAGUCAUCAUCUACCGCCAGCAUCCCAUCACCCGCCUACCAGCAACAACAAUAACAACAGUAGCAGUAGUAGUAAUAGCAAUAAUACCCAUCCUCCACAUCCGGCUUCCAGCAGCAUGGCGCGAACGCACUCCCCGCGUGGCCAUAGUCCCAAUAGAGAAAGAGAUAGUUAUAGUAGUAACGUAAGUAGUUUAUCCCGUUCGACGCCUGGUUCGGCGCUACCCUACGGCAGUGGUGGCAGCAGCACGAGUAGUACCAGUACCGGUGGUCCACCUCCGGGUCCGUCUCCAACGCUUCCUUACAGUUCGGCUGGUCCACCUGCACUCUCCUCACCGGCAGCACUGUCCGUCUCGUCGUCGGUACAGUCCUCCGUUUCUUCUAGUCUUACCUAUCCUAAACCUUCACUAGCGUCGGGUACAACCACAAGCUCCAGCGGAAGCAGCAGCAAUUUACCACCGACCGGACCACCCGGUUGGCAUCCAUCGAUGGCAGUUUCCGGGGCCAGUUCGGGUGGUAUUCCACCGUCGCACUCACCAGCCGCUUCUAUGCCGACCGCCGGAUCCAAUGGAAAUAACAACAGUUCUUCCUCUCAGCUGCGACCAACUCCUCCCUCACCUUCUGCCUCGUCCACUGGACCAACACCAACUACGCUCUCUGCCGUGCCGCCGACAUCAUUCCCGGUGCCACUGUUCACGGCACCUCUACCACCACCGGCCGUCUCGACGGCUAACACACCCUCGCAAUCGGCAGCACCGCUACCGUUCUCGGCCGAGUCGCUGUUUUCAACGAAAGUUUCCGACCAGGCGGACAUGCUACGGCGCGAAUUGGACAAUCGGUUUCUGGAUCGUAGCGGUUUGAGUUCGGUUCCACAAUCUCCAUACCUGCGGCAAGAGUUACACCACCACCAGCAUCAGCAUACGCACCUUCACCAGCAUCAACAUCAGCAUCAGCACCAACCGAUCCUUCCGACGGCAGCGGCUGCAUCUCCGGCUCUGUUUCCUCCGCCACUGUUCAAAGAUGUACCGAAGAUCGGUGCUGUGGAUUCACCCUUCUACCGAACGGGGCUCGGUAUGCCCGCGUACCCUGGCUACGGCCCCGGAAUGCUUCAUCCGGGCCUUAGCGGACCAACGCAGUUCGUUCCGCCAAGCCACCUACAAUCGUUUGUGCCGAAGCAACAGGCGCCACCGGUUGACCCAAACAAAAAGAAAACCGGCAAAUGGAAUGCCAUGCACGUGCGGAUAGCGUGGGAGAUCUAUCACCAUCAGGCCAAGCAGAACCCGGACAAGGCGGCAUCGAUGAAAACGGCUUCGGAAAUGCUGCGGCCACCGUCGCACAUGUAUCCACCGUCGGCAGCGGCUGCGGCUGCCGCCGCCGGUCUCGUCCGGCCGCAUGAACUGCCACCGUCCGCCUAUCAACCGAGCGGGAUGCCGGGACGACCCGGGCCGUACGAAUCGGCACCACUGCCGCCCAGUUUUAUCGGAUCGGCUGCUAGUCAUUUAGGUGUCUCCCCCUUCGGCCGGUACGCCUCGCCGUACGGUGCUUCACCCUUCGGUGGACUGUCGCCCUUUUCGCGCGAAAUGAGCAUGGGAUCUCAGAUGGCCGGAUCGCUGCAUGACCCGUGGAGAAGAAUCCUUUCCAGUGCAAUACCCCGCAGUGUGGGUUCGUACCAGGCGGCACCACCACCGGGAGCGGGCGGAGGAUGGCCUCAGGCCAUCAAGCAAGAUCCAAGCAUAGCGGCGGAAACGGCUCGCCGGGAAGCAGAAGAACGUGAACGGCAGCGGGAGCGCGAAGAGCGAGAACGAGAACGGCAGAGGCGAGAGCGAGAGGAACGUGAGAAGCAGCGUGAACGAGAACGCGAGGAGAAACUGCGGAAGGAACAGCAGGAACGAGAGCGAGAGCGUGAGCGUGAGAGGGAACGGGAACGUAAGGAAAAAGAACGACGAGAGAUGGAGCGACGGGAGAUGGAACGAGAACGAAUGUUGCAGCAACAGCAACGAGAGUCGAAAGCGGCUGCUGCAGCCGCCAGUGCAAACUCGAUGGUGCGAGAUAGAUCUCCUCUGAGGAAUGGAACGGAUCUGGAUAUCCGGAUCAAGGAAGAACCUCGUAAGGACGAAGAAAUGAUGAUGCGAAGUCAAGCAGCUGCAGCAGCGGCAGCCGCACAAGAUCCUCGAUAUCACCCAUCGAUGAUGCCCCACCCAUACAUGACCAGUCGACACGCACACAUGCUCCCCGGUGCACAAUUCUCUCGAUCGAUGCUACCGCCAUCUAUGGGCAUACCAUCGCACUUCCCACCUCCAGGACCAUGGGGACCACCGGAUCCCUUCCGAGACUAUCGGUUGGAAUCCCUGCAUCAACUUCGCUAUAACCCUCUGAUGGAUGUGUACCGGGCGGAGGAGGCUAAGGCAUCCCUGCUUUACGCAGCCCAAUCGGCAGCGCACUAUCGAAGUAAGGAACCUAGUCCGGUUCCACCACCUCCUUCCCAUCACCGGAUGCAGCAAGGACCUCCCGGUGGACCGGGUGGACCAACGGGAGCACCUCCUGGCAGUCUAAAGCCACCCUCCUCCCACCUGGGUCCCCCUCAGAAUGGUCCAGGACCGGGUGGACCCCAAGGGCAACCUGGUGGACCACCACCCGGUUCCGUGCCGGGGAUGCCCGGAGGAUCCCUCCCGGUGUCAGUCGAUAUGCACAAAAAGGAAGACUCCUGCCAGUCACGAUGAUAGUCAUCAGCGUCCGCAUCAUUGAUCGUUAUCGAUGACGAUUGAAGGAGCAGACAGACUGGAAAACAUCUACACAAUCCAUACAGCAGCAACAGCAACAACUACAACAACACUCACACAUGAAGCAAAACGAAUCAAAAUCGUACUAUCUUGAUAGUAAGUGUUUGUGUGCGCGGGGGCGCACCACCGGUUCCAUGGGGGCUGGACACGCAAAAAGAGCAUGUGAUCGAUGAGAGGAUAACGGAGUAGUAAGGGGACAACAGAAAUAAGGUAAAACAACAACUGGUGAUAUUUUUAACUUGUAAUUAGCGUUACAACACACACCCAUACAUACAUACAUACAUGCAUGCACAUAUACAUAUAACACAAACACGCAGAGUGUUGAAAAACAAAAUGAGAGAUAGGAGAAGCAGAGAAAUAGAGAGUCGCGAGGAGAAGCACACGCAUAAAGUUAGUAAGUAGAAGAAGAACCGGCGCAGCGCAGAGACGGAAAUUAUUAGUGAGAUAUUUAAUAUAUAUUCAAAGAAAAAAGAGAUAAAGAGAAAAAAAAACGGUUCAACCCCUUUCCCCACCUGAACGGGGCCGGGGGAUGGGACACAAACAAAAAUUAUGCAUUUUUUUCCAAUUCAGUGGAAAGCGCGCAUCCGGUAUUAAUCCGACGGCAGGCAAUGCUGGGUACUAUCGUAACAUACUACUAGGUGAGAGAAUGAUGUGCUGUAGGUUUUUUCCCCGCCCUACCCGAACCCCCUCUAGUUGUUAAGCACCAAAACAAAAUCCCGGAUUAGUAGCGAGCGAGCGAAAUAAGAAAAAAUAAAUAAAACAGCAAGGAAAAACAACAACAACAAAAAACGCAUGUACUUUAUAUACAGUGUAAAUGUUAAGUAGUGAUAUUUGUAUAAAAAAAUAAUUUAUAUUUGAGUCGUCGAUGAGGAGGAAAAGCAACAAAAUAUUACCGAUGUGUUAGUAGGUCCAGUACAUAUACACACACACACAUACCUAUGCAUAAUUUCGUCAGCUGUUUUGUAAAUAGUUACUGGUUAGGAGGAAAUCAGCGCGCGUAUUUUUCGUUGCUAGGGGAAGAUCGCAUGUUAUUGCAUUGUCCCGAAAAUUGUAUUUAAACAAAAGGUAGCAAGUAUAGUGGGUUAGUAGCAGUGACGAAAAAUGAACGUCUGUGUCGCAGAAAAAUCUGUAGUUUGUUGGCUUGUUGAGAUGGCGCUGCUUUAGUUGGCUUUUUUUAGUUAUAUUCAUCGAGGUUUUGAUGAGUUUCAACCCGAAACUGUUGUUCGUGUACAAAGGAAGUUAUUAUUGCAGUUGAAGUGAUGCAUUCUGUAUGCCUGGAUCGUAACUUUCUACUUCAUUAUAUGUUUGCAGUUCGCUUGGUAUUAAUAUCCGUAAUUGGGUCAUUAAAUGAAGGAUACAAUUCUUUUAUUACUUAAAUCGAUAGAGCACAAUUUUCUACGUCCAACACUUAAAACUCAACACACAUCUCCGAUCAACAUGGAGAACGUGCCAUUUGAGCCAGACUCUACUGAUUCCAGAGGGGUUACUCCACUAUCUGAACUAGAUAUUCCCUUCCGAAGGAAAGUGAGAUUUUUUUGAGUUAAAAGAAAUCUCAACGACCUCGGUAGGAAUUCAACCCAGACCAACUGGGGUGAGUGGCGGUCACGCUUACCAAUCAACCACUGGUGCCGUCUAAAUGACUUUGCGACUUUGCCACAUGGGUUAACGUUUUUGACAGUUAACCCAGCAAGGGACUGGAUAUUGUUGGCUCGAAUCAAAACAAACUCGUCGAAUGCAAGCAAAGUUAAUUUUGUAGCAUCAAAUUGUAGCCAAGGUGGCGAAAGCGUAAAAGAUCAACGUGGCAAUGAAGCAUUUUCACAAAAUUAUUAUUUCCCAGUGGCCACCCCUCCGGGUGGCUCUGGUUUUUGGCGACGAUCUCCGGGCCACCGGGUCUUUUCCUCAUUGAAUGAGCCAGUUUUGUUUGUUCCCUCACCAAUUGCCUGCCUGAGUGAUUUUAUUUUAUCGACUAUUGUGACUGUCUCAGCGUCUGUGAUAUAUGGUCACAUGUGUUGCUGAUUUGCACGUUUUCAACGUCGCAAAUGCUUAGUGUGGAAGUUUACCGUGACUUAACUUUUUGUCGGUUCCGACAGCAUGAAGUAACAAGUUACUUUACGCUUGUCCGGACAUGCCGUAGACUCAGGUGAUUCGCAUUUCUAAUGCCAAAAGACGCUGGCAGACGGUGGCAGACAAAGGGUUAAGUCGCCGGUGAGCUCUAAGCUUACAUAUAUGAUUCUUCCACGCUUUUCUAAACUUUCUCCCUUCAACACCUUGCUCUCCCUUGAGUACUAUGGCUCUAAAUAUUGAAAAAUAUACUUCACCUUCCAGUAACUUGCUAAUUAAAUGCCGUAAAAACUUUUCACGCUGCUCUGGAAGAGAGCAAUGCUCGUCCGAUUUUCCCUCCACAGUGAGAGUGGUUAGUGCUUUGGGAUUCUUUGCGGUUAGCCGUGGAUGUUAAUCUCUACACCCACCUAAACCAAAAAAAAAAACUUCGCAAACGCGAAAAUUUACAGCUUGAUGCUUGGCUAAAACAAAGUGCUCAACGGUAAAUAUGAGUCAAUUUGGUAAUUUUCCAACCAGUGCUACAUUUACAUUCAAAUUUCUGUUUGGUUUCAGCGUUUACUCAUAUUUCUCUUGAAGCUUAUCCCAGAUCCAAAAAAAUCUCCGGGUAAAAACCUCACCAGAGGUGGUAACCCUAAAUCUCUGAUUAUAUUUUAGAAAACUUCCACCAUCUGUCUAAGGUGUACCGAAUUCCAGGAAACAAUACGGCGCAAAGCCGCGGGGGGAUCCACCGGACGAGGUGAUCACCGAUCCGGGGUCGUAACUGGCAACCUCUCGCAAGCAAAUCCGUGAUCCAUUCGGCUAUGGCUAGUUUAAGUUCUACUGAGCGGUAGCGAAUUCGGACAGUACCGUUAAAAAGAGAAGCGGACCAUUUGGCAUAAUGGACGUUUAGUAUAACGGACAUUUGGCAUAAUUUUGAGAAGUGAUCAUUCUGUAGGCUAUUUGGCAUAACGAACAUUUCGCAUAAUAAUUGUAAACUUAUUAAAUGUGGUCAUUUGGUAUAACGGACAUUUGGCAUAAUUUUGCUAAGUGAUUUCACUGGAGGUCAUUUGGCACAACAGACGAAUUUUUAUUUUAUCAGCAAAUGACCUGUAAGGUUUUGCUUUCUUUUAAAUAUGAGCAGUUCUUCAUUAUUAUGAUCGCCAGUGAGUUUUAGUUUUCCAUGCAGCGUUGCAGUAAUUAAAAUUAUCCUUCUUUAUAUCAUGAGCAGUUCUUUCAAAUUAUAAACAAUGCGAUCCAAGCGAUAGUUAACUUAAUCAUAAGUUUGUCAAACGAUGAUUUAUUGAAAGAAUUUGCAUCGGGACCAAGGAACCGAGGCGGCGCAAAGCCGGGCAAGGUGGCCGCUAACCCAUCGUCGAAAAUGGUGGCCCAUCGCAAGCAAACCUGUGAUCCACUCGUUUGGCCGGAGUUUGAGUAAAACAUAAAAUUAGUUUAAGUCCGACGGAGCGACAGCGCUGUCGGACAGCACGCGACACGAAGUGAUGUGGCGUAGCCACAUUAGACGUAAAUGUUGUUAAUUUAAUUAACUAAUUAAUUUUGGACCUUCAGCAGUAGCACGGCUCAAAAUUAUGCCGAAUGACCUUAUUUUUCGCAUAGUCUAAAAUUGUGUCCGUUUCCCGGUAGACAAAAAAUGGCAAAUGACCUUCAGUGUGAUCACUUUCCCAAAUUAUGCCUCACUUUACGUAAAAUUGGAAACUAUGCUAAAUGACCGUUAUGUCAAAUGACCGUUAUGUCAAAUGACCGUUAUCCUGGAGAUAAAAUAAAUUAUGCCAAAUAUUCAUUAUGCCAAAUGACCUUCAUUUUGAUCAAUACUCAAAAUUAUUCCAAAUAACCCUAUGCCGAAUGACUUUAUGCCAAAUCGCCCAGACCCCGUAAAAAGCGGUGUGGCGUAGCUACAUUAGGAGGCGGAAUCGAAAUAUAAUUGGCAACACUGGCAAAAUGUAAACAAGAAUGAACACUCGAUGAACUUUUUGUCAACUGGCAUCACAGACUAACAGACAUAACACUAUGAGAGAAUUCCCUCAAAAAACAUCGAUCCGACAAUUUUCCCAGAACACUAGCUCCACCUUCUAUUCACAGUCCCAAACACUCAUUUACUGGUGGGUUACCCCUCAGGUUUGGGAACAAUUUUUCACUAGUGGUCUAUCCCCCAUAUGCUAGUUCUUAUGUCAGUGGCGCCAUAAUUUCAAAUGUGGCCACAGUCCCAACUACAAAAAUAUUUAAAGUGACCGUUAAAGCGGGCGAAGUUUUGUUUUUAAGUGUUAUGUCUGUUAGUCUGUGCUGGCAUUUCGAGGAGUUUUGAUUCGAGCCAAUAAUAGGAGGGCUCAGGAUCAAGAUGGUUGAAUGGAAGCUGUGACCAGAGACUAAUUAUAGGGGCUGUACACGCGCAUUAUGUGUCAUUACUUAGUACUGUUUUUUCCCUGGCAUUCGAAAUCUGAUGGGAUGAUGUCGGUAUGCAAACCAAGCGGAUCUGUUCCGACUGCCUGAUUUUACUGUGAUAUGCUGCAAGCAGGUUUCUCGCAUCUUGCAUCCUACUGUCAGUACCCAGUUUCUCGCCGCCACUCUGUAAGCGACCUCAAAGGCGCAUUAAGUGUCAUUACUAAAUAGUGUUUUUUCCCUGGCAUUCAAAAUCUGCAUUCACUGCAGCAAAGAUUUUUGAAACAGCCAACCGCAUGAUUCAAUAGAUCCACGCAUUAAAAUCUCGAAUCUGUGAUGACACCGUUGAUCUCAACGUUGUGAGCGGGCAUGUAGACUCGGUAGUCUCGUUAAUAACCCUCCGGAAGUCGCGCUUAUGGCCCACGGAACGAGCAGCUGCUGGUGCCCUGAGACGAUUUCGCUAGAUUCUCAGAGCAGCGUGCACUCAGUGCACUAGCGCGACUUCCGGAGAGCUAAUAGAAGGCUUGUCGUCAGUAGCGUUUAGACAGAAUAACACAAUUCUGUAUUUAUUUGGGACGCACUUUUGAAGUCGCUGUCACUUUUGAAUGUUACGCGUCGGUUCUUUUGAAAUGUUUAUAAAACUUAGCGAAUUAUCUCCGAUACGAAAGAUCAGAUAUGGUCCGAUGGUUUUAAACGGGAAGUCGGACUCAUUGACGACGAAUCUUGUGCGACAUCGAUUUUAUCGUCAACUAAGUCUUUCCAGAAGAGGGGCCUAGAUCCUGGCACAAAGUGAAAACAGAAAGUAUACGAAGGAAGAGACAUACAUUAAAGGAGGAUACAUAAAAUUGAAAUACUAGUCCGGAGAUAAAUUUUGGUUUUACCGCCCCACCCCCUCCUUAACUGUCAUUACUAAGUACUGUUUUUUCCCUGACAUUCUGAAUCUGCACUCACUGGACCAAGGAAUUUUUUAAAGCAGAUCCACGCAUUAAAAAUUCGAAUCAGUGACGACGCUAUUCAUCUCAACGUUGUGAGUGGGAAUGUAGACGCGGUAGUCCUUCAUAGAAGGCUUGUCGUCAGUAACGCCACUGGCUUACUUGAGACAGAAUGUCAUAAUUCUUUGCUUAUCUGGGCGGGCUUUUGAAAUAGCUGUCACGGUUGAAUAUUCUGCGUCGGUUUUUUGAAAUCUAGAAAAUUUAGCGAAGUAUCUCUGAUCCGAAAGAAGAUCAGAUAUGAUCCGUGUUUGAUUUGGAAAGGGAAGUCGAACUCAUUGAUGACGAAUCUUGUUUGAUAUCCAUUUUAUCAUCAGCUGAGUCCUUCCAGGAGAAAAAUGAAAGAAUACGAAGGAAGCGACAUAAAUUACGGGAGAUAUGUCAAAUUGAAAGAUUGGUCAGGGGAUAAAUUUUGCUUAGACUGUUCUUGAGGUGCUAAUACUUUCGAUGUGCACCCCGUCAUAAAAUUCGAUGUUCACUUAUGUAUAUCAUACAUGCUAUUGACACCCUAAUAUACAGUCCCCUGAGUAGAUGAUCCCUUCGUCGCCUUCAUACACCAAUCGUCAAAUGAUUUCGUGAAUAUACAUUUGAAGAUUUGCAGCUGGAAUUAACAUGAAAUGAAUGAAAAUCAAAGACAAACAUCAGUCGAAUCUUUUGGAAAUUAUCCUACCUACGGAAAUGAAUAUAACGUAAGGUAAGGGAGCAAAUAUUCAAAUAAUUUCUUCGUAUAAUUCUAUGACAGAGGCGGCUUGAAUUCUCUAAUAAAUCUUUGCUCUUUAAAGCGAUCUACACGUUAACAAUCCUCCGUCCCUCGCCUUCAAAUAUCUAGUCAACUUAUUUUGUGUCUCCCGAUAAAAUCCUUGGUCUGUCACCGUCAAGUAAUUAAAUUGAUUGAAUGAAUAAAAAUAAUUGAAUUAAUAAAAUAAAAUAAAGUAAAUUAAAUAAAUAAUACAACUAUGUAGUUCAAGUGGGGCUCCAUAUUGAUGGCUCUGCCCGAAAUAACCUGGCUCUUUGUGAUUUUCCGAAAAUUGGAAUUUUUGUAUAAAAGUCGUACAUACUUCGAAUUUGAAUGUAAAGAUGUUAAAAUUGCUCCGAUUGAUGUGUUAAUUCUACUCAAUAUACAUACCAUCGAUGUAUUUCGUGCUGUCUGCACAUUAUCUCAAAAUAUAAUAAGUCUGAGAGUCUGCCAGGGACUUCAUUCCCAUCGGUUUUUAACCGAAACGACGUUGUCAGGUCAGCAAAUAUUCUGCAUUGUAACGUUAUUUUUCCGGGUUCUCCUAAUAUACACGAAUGAACUUUGUGUUAUAGAAGUGGAAGCAGGUCAUCCAGCUUGUAUCAGUGGAAUGUUAUACCAUUUUUUGUUGUAUGCACAUGUCUUUGUGAAAUUGUUCAUUCUUGAAAUCUGAAGCCCUAUUCUUACAGUCACGUCUCUGGAGUCUUUCUCCAGGGACACUGUGAUAUACAUUACUUUCCGGUUAAACUUCCAAACAAUGCUGCUGGCGUUGGCAAACGGGCGGAAAAUUGAAACUCCAUCGAGGGCGGUCAAAGAUCACGCUACGGCCCACAACAUAUCGUUCGGCCACGUUUGUGUGGUCAACAAGGGCCACAAACUCGAGUGUAAUGACUAUCGAGGCAUGAGCUCUUCAAUACCCCAUAUCAAGUACUCUUCCGUGCGCUGUUUAGCAGACUCGCGCUAGUUGACUGGAUUCCUUUGACGACGACUGCCAAAGUGCGUCUCGAGAAAACCGAUCAACGACGGACCAGUUGUUUAUCCUGUGACUAAACCUGGAUUAAUUUUAGAAAAACUACUUGCGGAUUCAUCAUCGGCUAGUGAAUUUCAACGCAGCGAACGAUUCAAAUAAACAAAUCGAGUUAUGGUAAAAAAUGCUUUCCGACAAAACUAAUUGAUCAGAUUCGUAUGACUUUAGAGGGAUACGAGUCAUACGUAAAAAUUGCUACAGAGACUUCUUCCGACUCCUUUGGGACGUUAGAUGGUUGUAUUGAAGCACCUACAAAAAUUAUAUCCAGCAAAGAGCCUGGAGAGGGUCAUCGACUUCGGAGAAGAUUCCACACUUACUGAUUGUACAAUCGAGGCAGGAUAUGCGAAUAGUGGACGUACAAGGAAUCUGGAGACUGACGGUCCAAGAUCGAGUCAGCUGGAAGCCUGAAAUAUCGGCUAGAACUCGGAGAAUCCUGGCUUGUUAGACCACGAUGAUGAUGUCCCUAUUCGGGGACAUAAUUCAAAAAUGCAGCUUUACGCUUCCUAUCAACGUUUGUUUUGAAGGUGAUUCGGCUUUUCAUAGGGUUUUUUCUGAAAAGUUUGUACUUUGUGCACUGUUACAAACUACCUAUGAUCAGAAAAGGCCACAGAAUGGCUUCUCGUCAACCUUUUUACUCAUCCUACUGAAGCUGGAAACCGAAAAAAUGCGAUCAAUUUUGUUUGGAACUUUGAAUCGUCAGCAAAUAAAUGUUCACACUGAACUAUGCAUUGUGUUUUUUUCUAAUAUUCGCAAGCUUCAAUUUAAUAUGCUCCUAUUCUUCUCAGCUCUUAUAUUUUAGGCUAUUUGAUUUAAUAGUUUUUUUUUAAUUACCUGAAUUGGAUCACACUUCUUAGUAGAAAAGAAACUGCAAUAAUUGACUUCCACUGUUUUGUUAUGAUUAAUUUACAGACUCACGUGUAUUCCCUCGAAUUUCGUUCCAUAUUCUUUCAGCUGCAUGGUCCUCUGUGUGACAGUAGUGAUUCUAUAAACAUAAUAAUAUUACCGCAACCAACUGUGUGAAUGGACGUGGCUUUCCGAAGUGUACAACUGCGUGUACCACCACACUCUUAAGCCGACCAAAGAGUGCCUCAUACAAUCACUCAUGCAAACCAUGUACAGCAUGCAUACCACAUCAUUUUCGUUUUCAAUUCAAUUUUCUUUUAUUUUCGUCAAACCCCCUUUUUUCAAAUUUCACCUCGCCGCCAACCGAUGUCGGUGCGUUCGUGUGUUGACAAGCCACGCAAAACGGCAAAUCGGAAAAUGAAUCUCACCAGCCUACUUAUUUGUUGUUGUUUGAUUUUCGCUUGUAGCUACCCAACCGACUUACACAAUUUCAUGCACAGACUUCAAAACACAAACAAAAAAUCAUGAUCGUGUGUGAGUGUCAAAACUCUUUCCGCCUGGCCAUUGUUUAUAUGUAAAGUUUUUAGCGUGUAGGGAACUCGUUCUCUUCUCGCUUCUCUUCGAAGACGAAACUCGAGCGAGAGAAAGAGUAUCGAUGUGUAGAUAAAUUGACGUCGUAGACACUCACAAAGAAAAAAAAACAAUACAAAAACAACAGCAGCAGCAGCAGCAACAAAAACACAAGCAAGCAAACUGAUGUAAAGUAGAAUCCUAACGACACACAAAAACCUAAUUUAAACAGAAAAAGCAUGCAAUUGAGCAGGACGUCAAUAUAGAAAGAGAAAUAAAAAGUGGGAGUAAAAAUGCAAGUAGGAAAGUAUAAAUAUUUUUUUUCUGAUAGGUCUAAACUACGACUAAGCUCGAGCGUGCGAGAGAGUGAAUGAAUGCGAGCAAACGACAAACGGUGAUUAAUAAUCAUUAAACAAAAAAAACUAUAAAUAUAGAUAUAGAUAUGAGCUACGAGCAGUCAGACUAAGAAUCGAUGUGAGAGAUAAUUAUUAUUAGUAUUGUAAUUAAAUUUAAAGUAAAAGAAAAAAAACCGCGCAUAUUUAGCGAAAAAAAGAAAAACACAGAGAAUUCGGAUCGUAGCAAUUAGAAGAAAUUUAACACAAAACACAAAAAAGCUAAAACACACAUACAAACAAACAUAAAAGGACGCGCUCGGAAGCUGAAUUUUGAAUGGGGAAGAGGGUGUGCGUCUCAAAAAGAAGCAACACACAACAAGUGCUUGUUUUCUGUUAGCUAAGAAACAAACCGCGAAUGGGACACAAAUUCAGUAAUGAAACAAAAACAAAACGAUUUACACUCUCGGAAAACGGUGUAUAGAAAAACAAAAACAGAAAAAAAAAAUGAAUGCGUCGUCUCUGUCCUAGGAGCAGGCUAGAGCUGUGUAGCUUAAUUUAAUUGUCCCAACAUUUUUAUUUAUUUGAUAGUCAUUUUUUAAAUAAAAAUAUUAAAACGAAAAA